UUGUCGAACACAAGGAAGUGAAAGAAAUCAGAGAGCUCGAGAGAGAAACAACUUAACACAGAGACUGAUAAUUCAUAUUUUUUAGUAAAUAACGCUACAUUAGCUCGUGAGUAAUAUGAGAAACGGUACAUAACGGUUAUUAAUGUCGCCACAGAGAGCAUUAGAUAUGUGAGUUUUAGCUAACAUUCACGUAAUGUGACGAGCUAACAGCUAACAUUACUGUAACAGUUAUAACUUACCACUCAACAAACAUGUCAGUUACAUGUGCCUGGUCGUUUAUUAAUGGCAGUCGUUUAGCUAUGUUUGACUUUAAUGACUAUAUGUGAUAGUGUAAUGGCUGACAUUACAGACACACCAUGCAGAGAGACACCCUCGGACCAGUGUCGGACCUUUAGGAAGUUUUUCGCCAGUUAGCUGUCUGUAGUUAUUAACAGUGUCUUCAAUGGAGAGAAGCAGCGAGGAAGAGGCAGCUCCUGAUAAAGAGGAUGGAGAGCAGGCAGCCGGCAGGACUGUGAUGCCAGGCAGGUCGGAGGAUGAAGAAGUGGGAGUGGCACCUUCAAUAACAUCCACAGGUGGAGUACCAGACCCUUCCACGGACAUGUUGGCUCUGAGGCUGUGCAGAGAGCUUGUGUACCAGGAUCAGGAGAACUCAGACAGGGAGGCUGGACCGACGAUGUCAAGCGGUGUGAUGUCUGAGAGCCAAACAGAAGUUGUUGAGCCAGAGAGGGAUGCUCCCUCUGUGUCUCCCUCCAGCCUCAUGGACACCUGUGCUCCCUCCAUAUCAAGCCUCUCCUCCUCUUACUUCCCCACCCAUCACCAUGCCAAUUUUUCCUCAUCCUCAUCUUCUUCUUCCUCUGCUGUGUGUCUGACUCCACCUUUGCCUCCCUCUGUGGAGCUCCCAGCUGUGUUGACUGAUACAAGGCUGACCCUGGAUGUGUACCAGGGAGGAGCAGCUGCACUGCCUCUGCUUUGGGGGUCCGUCCCGGAGCAGCUGAGGGGGCUCCAGUACCUGAGACUGGGCUCUGAGGAUAAAGCAGCCCUGGAUGGUGCUCUGGAUGUCCUGCACCAUCUGACAGAGCUGCGUUCACUGGCUGUUCGGGGACACUGUUUUUAUGACUCGCAAGGUGACCCACUGCCUGGCCUCCUCACCACUUUGCCCACAUCUGUUUCCUCCCUCUCUCAUCUGGUUCACCUGGAUCUCUCCUUCAACCAGCUCUCCUGUCUGCCGUCCUGCCUUCUCAGCUUGCCCGCGCUGUCCUCUUUGCUCCUCUGUCACAACCACCUCUCAGCUUUGCCUCCUGAUAUAGGCCAGCUGUCCUCCCUCACCUACCUCUCCCUCCUGGGGAACAAGCUGGUCUCUCUUCCCCCGAGCCUGGGUCAAAUGAAAGCGCUGCAGACACUGGAUAUUUCACACAACCUCCUUCAGCAGCUACCUGAUGAAAUUGGUUGUCUGGGGGAGCUUCUGAAACUGGAAUUGUCUCACAACAAGCUGAAGCAACUACCAGAGAGCAUGGGCUCCCUUGUCGCCCUCAGGGAGCUUGUCAUCUACAGCAACGACCUCCGUGUGAUCCCACAUUGUCUGAACAAACUACCUCUGCUGAAAAUAGAUGUGCGUGACAAUCCUUUGGGACGUCCUCCAACCCCUCCUCCUCUCCCUCCUACACCUGAUCGAGCAGAAACAAAAAUUCAAGAGUUGCACCUUGGAUAUAAUCAGCACAGUUUCUGUGUUUCGUCUGCUGGGUGUCAUGUGUUUCUCCCAGGGGGGGCUGAGCUGCUGUUCCCCCCGGGGUGCCUGGCGACAACCACAAGACUGGAGUGGGUUGAGAUAAGGCCGGAGAGGAAGUGGGUGUGGCUGGAGGAGCAUGACGUGUUGCUGAGUCUUCCACUGGAACUUCGUCCUCAUGGAAUUACAUUUCUAAAGCCUGUGGAGGUGUGUGUGUCAUAUCAUCGCACAAGAAGAAGGGAGGUGGUGGUGCAGAGGUUUGACGGACAGUCAUGGAGCACUCUGCCCACUGUUCUGAGGAGGGGAAGCGAGAGCCACAGUAGCCACCCUGGUGGACGUCCAGCAAGGCUGGCCUGCUGCUCGGUGAGACAGUUCUCCUGGUUUAUGGCAGUGUCUCGCCCAGUAAAGGACAGUUGCUCUGUCACACCAGCUGGCGCUCUGCUGGUAUCCAGCACCGACCCUGGAGUUAAGCUCCACUUUCCUCCAGACUCCACUGUGCAGACCCGCGUCAUAACCUUACAGGUGCUGCAGGUGUCUGUGUCAGAGGUCCAGACACUGUGUGGUGAUCCUCAGGCCACAGUUAGCCCUCUCCUCUGCCUCUCUCAGACUCCCAGCAUAGAUUUCCUGCAGCGUGUCAAAGUUCAGAUCCCUCUGCCAUCUGGAGUCACAGGCCAUACAGUCGAUAUGUCCUGUUUGCAUCUGCUACACGGAGAUCCCACUGCCCAAACCUGGACUGACAUUACAUCGCAAGUGUCUCUCUACGUCACCCAUUUGUAUGCCAUUUUCUACAUCACACAUUUCUCCUGGUACUGGCUGUGGUACACGACUCAGCGCUGUGUCAGUGGGGUGGUCAGGAAGAUUUAUCAAAAGCUUAAACAGUUUAGAGUUCAGUUUCUCGUCCUCCAGAGGAAGACUGAUCCUUCACAAGUUAUGCUGCAGUGUUUACCUGCUAACAAGGUGGACAGCAGAGUGCAGUCUUUGUCAGAGCAAUAUGAUGGACCUCAGCCUUCAGACCUGUGUGAAAUGCUGGAAGGAGAGCAGUUCUUCGCCGGCUUUGAGAGAGGCUUGGAUAUCAGCACAGAGAGACCAGACUGUGUGGCGGGAAGACUGUGUUUUGAGUUUUACUCCAGCCUGAAGAAUCUGAAGGAAGUCUACAUCUGUCCAGCUCAGGGUCAGAAGGUGCCAGUGAGGGGACAAGUAUCUUUUUAUAGAGGGGAGAUUCCCAGCGAUCUGCCAGAGGAAGUGGUGAGGAAGAGGAAAGGACUUGACAGCCAGUGGCUUGCAACUUUACCACUUAGACUUCCUGCUCUAAACUCAGACAAUAACUACGUCAUGGAGGAGAUCCAGUAUCCUCCUCUGAACCUGGGUGACCCUGAGAGCGGCUACCUGACAGAGGCCAACCUGCUGUCCAUUUCUCUUCAGAUCGGACAGGACUGGCGUGUUAUUGGAAUCAAUCUUGGCUUAAGCUACCAGGAGCUAGACCGCAUCCAGUUCAAGUACAGGGACAAUCUGGGAGGCUUGGUGCUAGACAUGCUGUUCCACUGGGCCCGAGGACAGAAGAACGCAGGACCAGGAGCGGCGUCACGACUGGUGGCAGCUAUGAUCGAGAGCGGCAGGAGAGACCUGGCAGAGGAGAUUGAGGACAUCGUCAGUAUAGGAAGGAGAAAGUACUCAGAGUCAUUGAGGAGGGUGGGCCUGGAAGCAGAGAGCUCCUCUCUCUGUGACGCACAGCAGUAGAUAAACCCAUGCUGGGUGCAGAUGGCUGACUUACACUUGAGUAACCUGUUUGUUUACAGUGUGCCCCCAUCAUCUCAUCCUGCUGUCUAAACAAGUGUCCUGGAGUACAAAAAAUCUAUCUUAACACAAUCAUGAUCGCCAGCUGGCAGCACCUUUAAGAUGACCCACAGGAGACAGGUGAAAUGGAUGGACUGCAUAAAAAUGAUGGCCUCAGGCUUGUUUUUUUUCCACUUUCUACUUUUUAAAAACUGUUUCAGUAUGCAAGACAAUCCUGUGGAAGCCAGGAAGAGAUAAAAAUGUAUUAAGCUAUAUAGGAUGAAAAUAAAACUACUCAUGUUAAGUCAAAAUGA